AUGGUUUUCAGGCCCCGCCUCACUCUCGCUGGGCAGGGCAGGGGGUGGCGUGGGGGAGGGGCUGCAGACGGGGAGAAUGGGGACGUGAAGCUUGAGGGAAAAGAAAAGUGUAAAGACUCAGUAAAACCGACUGUUCCUUCAGGUCCAGUUGUAACCGACAAAAGUGGUUCCAUCACUAUUGCUAUUCAUGCCAAACCUGGAUCCAAACAAAAUGCUAUAACAGAUGUGACAGCUGAGGCAGUAGGUGUAGCUAUUGCUGCACCUCCAUCAGAAGGGGAGGCAAAUGCAGAGCUGUGUCGCUACCUUUCUAAGGUUCUAGAAGUGAAGAAGAGCGAAGUUGUUUUAGACAAGGGUGGUAAAUCUCGGGAAAAAGUGGUGAAGAUUUUGGUGUCGAUGACUCCAGAUGAGGUUUUAGAAAAACUGAAAAAAGAAGCUACCAGUUGAGACAAAACAAAAGCAGGCACUGGAAAAAUGUCUUAAUCUUUCAUUUCAUGUAAAGAGGAGGAAGCACAUCCUUAAAUGAGGGCAUACAUUAAGAGAAACAAAGAUUAUUUUGUGUAAAUGUAUUGAUACAUUUAACUACAUUGUAAAUUAUGAAUCUCUUCCCUAUUAUUCCCUAUUCUGAAUUUUGGUUUAAAUAAUCCCACAAGAGUGAGGCCCAGACUAGAAGCUGAAGCAGGAUUUAUCACUGGAUAGGAAAGCCAUUUUACCCUGACUGAUAGCUGAAUCUACAUCAUGAAUUCAGCAUGACUUCAUGGGCUCUUUGUCCAGAGUUAUCUUCAAAAUAGCAUCUGACGCAUAAAUCCAGCCCUGAUGAGUAUUUGGGCAGUGUUUUUGAAUGCAGGCAUAAUUAUUUUUGGUUCACAAAGUAAAAGGCUUGGAGUGACAGGCUUAUGAUAAAGCACUGGAACAAUGUCAAGAGAAAUAUGGUGCAGAAUGAAAAAUCAGUUUAGAUGAGAGAGUCUAAAAGGGCAAUCAGUGCAAUGUAUAGUGGCAUGCCUAGGGUGCAGUUCUACUUGUAUCUACACCACUGUAAAUCCAGAAUAAUGCCUUUGAUGCCAGUGGCAUUGCCCUGGAUUUACAUAGGAGCAGAACUUUUUCCCCUUAAAUAAUCAGAAUAAUUUGAGCCUGCAAUAUGAGAAACUGAUACAGUAUUUAAGCUUGCUUUGAGUCACUAGGAAUCUAUAAUCAAAGAAUGCCUAAUAAAGGUAGAACUUCUAAUAGAAUGAUCAAAAGUGGUAUCUUUACCUUAUGUGUGAAAUUUAGCUAUUUGUUUUGUUUUAAUAAAAAAACACUGAGCAUUAAACUUUAUCAACUUUUUUUGUAUUUUCAAUAAGAGUGGAUUUUUUUGGCUGUGACUUCAUUAGUAAAACAUAAUUGUGUUUUUUAGACAGUCUUACCAAGAACAAAAUAAAAUUGAUGAUCUUGUGUUGAUCUAAAUAAAUUAGAUGUGUUCAAGAAUCAGUUUCUAGCCCAUAGAAAUUAAGUCUUAACCUGGGAUGAUGGUACAGAGAGCAAAGAUUGUACAUGAGAUGAAAUGGGAAAAGUAGAUGUAACGUCUUAAUAACUCUUGACAAAGUACUGGACUGCAAGCUUGUGUUCCCCACUAAUAUAUAUGGUGUCACUGUAUGGAGCUGCUUUAGCAAUCCUUCUAGGUUGCAGCUGUAAUGGGUUAGAUUGUAUUAUUUUCUACUUUGUUUCUCUCCAACAGCUGUAACGUGUAAAUGUGAUUUUGUAAUUUUAAUGCCUAAAAGUCAAUAAACAGGUCUAAAACCCUACUAA